AUGUUGCUGUGGAUAGCGCUGUUAAUGGCCGCGUUGUCGCAGCCUGCCGAUGGCGGCGGCAGAUCGGGGCCGGCUUUCGACAGCUCGCAGCAGACGACGGUAGUGGCGAGCGCCGGAGGUAGCGUGGAACUUCACUGUCGCGUUCUGCGGCUUGCCGAUCGCGCUGUUUCGUGGGUGCGAUCGAGCGAUCUACAGAUCCUUACACACGCCGGCGCUGUUUUUACGGCCGAUACUCGCGUUUCCUGCGCUGCAGCCUCUCAAGAAGACCCACGUGGCACCGUCCACUCACUGCGGAUAGAAGUGCUCCGAGCCAGCGAUUCUGGCCGUUACGAGUGUCAAAUUAACACUGAGCCUAAAAUGAGUCUCUUCUUCAACCUCACUGUUAUCGAAUGGGACCUGCCAGUGGUAUCCGUGUCGGUGCUGAGCGGCUCAGUGCAGCGGGCGGUGUUGGGCGGCUCGGCGAUACUAUCGUGUGAGGCACGCUACGAGCCUUCUGCCGCACUGGCAGCGAUUCCUGCCGCCGCUCUCGCUGCCCUACCCCCGCUCACGUUGCAUUGGGAGCAUAAUGGCGAAGCUCUUAAUCCACAGAGUGCAAGAGGCGGCAUCUCUUUAGAGACAGAACGGUGGGAGACUCGCCUAGAGUCGCGGCUGACUUUGGCGGCGUUAGUGGUGAAGGAUGCGGGUCGGUACGUGUGCGCUGCACCCGCCGACUGCGCGACGAUCUCGUUACGCCUCUAUCGUCGGGAGGGGGACGAUCGAGACGAUGAUAUUAUAGACGGUGAGAUGGAGAUGCAGCGAGAUGAGCCCGAGCCACGCCUCAGUUCCGCUCCGUCGCUCGUCGCGCUUCUCAAAAUCGUUACAAUAGGCACGCUUGUUGCUAUCGGUUCGUGA